GCUGCACAAUUCGCAGCGCGGGGGACAUUGACGAGUUUGAGAAGUUACAGUGUACAGUGAAGUAAAUCUUGAAACCUUAGAAAUUGCUGACAUGAUUCUCAAACCUACCCGCGUCCUAUGCCGUGCGUGCGGACUGAAAUGUAUUUCAUGCUCAUUCUAAAGCAGGCGUGGAGAUACAUACAACCUUUCUCAGACAGGCUGUGCAUAUAUAUGCGUGUAUAUACGUGCAUGCACAUAUGCAUACAGAAAGACACCUUGCUAUGAGGUUAAUCCGAGGCGCGAUUAUUGCUAAUUGAAAACUUUUCCUUCCACAUCCAAUCUAAUGAGCUAACACGGGACGUGUUUAAAGUUUCAGCAUAGAAAAAAAAAGUUUCCACACUACUGCUGAAUUCAAGAUCACACAACCAGCAGCUUCAGUGGAGAAAAACUAUUUUACUGGCAACUCUUUUUAAAGCACCAUCAUUUCAAAUCAGUGCGCUCUUAAACUAUUGACAGGAGCUUUGACAACAAGACAGGAUGCCUCAUAAAGAGGGAAGACUUUAACUAGUGACACGCAGAUGUGUGAGUCCCUAAAUUGUAUGAGAGGACAGUCCACCCAGAUUUCAGAACACUAUAAGCGAGCCACGUGGGAUACUGCUCUAUCAAUUCAACAUGCAGAACAGUCACAGCGGAGUGAAUCAGCUCGGCGGUGUGUUUGUCAACGGGAGACCACUGCCAGAUUCAACCAGACAGAAAAUAGUGGAACUAGCGCAUAGUGGGGCUCGUCCGUGCGAUAUCUCCAGAAUCCUGCAGACCCAUGCAGAUGCAAAAGUCCAAGUGCUGGACAAUCAAAACGUGUCGAAUGGAUGUGUGAGUAAAAUUUUGGGCAGGUAUUACGAAACUGGCUCCAUCAGACCCAGGGCAAUCGGAGGUAGUAAACCAAGAGUAGCGACUCCAGAAGUUGUAAGCAAAAUAGCGCAGUAUAAACGAGAGUGCCCCUCCAUCUUUGCGUGGGAGAUUCGAGACAGAUUACUAUCAGAGGGGGUCUGUACCAACGAUAAUAUACCCAGUGUAUCAUCAAUAAACAGAGUUCUACGCAACCUGGCUAGCGAAAAGCAACAGAUGGGUGCAGAUGGGAUGUAUGACAAGCUAAGAAUGCUGAAUGGGCAGACAGGGACAUGGGGCACGCGACCCGGAUGGUACCCCGGUACGUCAGUGCCAGGACAGCCUACGCAAGAUGGCUGUCCACAACAGGAAGGAGGAGGUGAAAACACAAACUCCAUCAGCUCUAAUGGAGAAGAUUCAGAUGAGGCCCAGAUGAGACUUCAGCUGAAAAGAAAGCUGCAGAGAAAUAGGACAUCCUUUACCCAAGAGCAAAUUGAAGCCCUUGAGAAAGAAUUUGAGAGAACCCAUUAUCCUGAUGUGUUUGCCAGGGAGAGACUAGCUGCCAAAAUAGACCUACCUGAAGCAAGAAUACAGGUGUGGUUUUCCAACAGGAGGGCAAAAUGGAGAAGGGAAGAAAAACUGAGGAAUCAGAGAAGACAAGCCAGCAACACACCCAGCCAUAUUCCCAUCAGCAGUAGUUUCAGCACAAGUGUCUACCAACCAAUCCCGCAACCUACCACACCCGUUUCCUCUUUCACAUCAGGUUCAAUGUUGGGCAGAACAGACACUGCGCUAACAAACACAUACAGUGCUCUGCCACCAAUGCCUAGCUUCACAAUGGCUAACAACCUGCCUAUGCAACCCCCAGUACCCAGCCAGACUUCCUCCUACUCUUGCAUGCUGCCCACUAGUCCGUCAGUGAAUGGGCGGAGCUAUGAUACGUACACACCUCCUCACAUGCAGACACACAUGAACAGCCAGCCAAUGGGCACCUCUGGAACCACUUCAACAGGUCUUAUUUCACCUGGCGUGUCAGUUCCAGUUCAAGUUCCUGGCAGUGAACCUGAUAUGUCUCAAUACUGGCCAAGAUUACAGUAAAACAUGUGUUAAUUCCAUAAAUGACUAUAUGGACAACAGUUGGAUGUUCAGCAGUAUUUUAUAAAGGAAGAAUGGCUUCUGUACUGCAACUGUGCCCUAUUCUGUAACACAUGGAAAAGACUUUAACAUGGACCUUUGUACACUGAAGGCAUUAUAUCAGUUGGAACAAAUCUUCAUUUUGGUAUCCAAACUUUUAUUCAUUUUGGUGUAUUAUUUGUAAAUGGGCAUUUGUAUGUUAUAAUGAAAAAAAAAAGAACAAUGUAGACUGGAUGGAUGUUUGAUCUGUGUUGGUCAUGAAGUUGU